AUGUACGUAUGUAUAUAUACUUCUAUCUAUCUAUCUAUCUAUCUAUCUAUCUAUCUAUCUAUCUAUCUAUCUGAUUUUAUUAUCUAUCUCUAUGUAUCUGUCUCUUCCUAUAUACCUAUCUAUCUGUCUGUCUGUCUGUCUAUCUAUCUAUCUAUCUAUCUAUCUAUGCUUAUAAAUUUAUGUCUUUGCAUGUAUGUAUGUAUGUAUGUAGGUAUCUAUCUAUCUAUCUAUCUAUCUAAGCCUAUAAAUUUAUGCCUUUGUACGUAUGUAUGUAUCUAUCUAGCCAUCUAUACCUAUGUAUGUAGCCGUCUAUAUAUGUCUAUGUAUGUAUGUAUGUAUGUAUGUACGUACGUAUGUAUAUGUGCAUCUAUCUAUCUAUCUAUCUAUCUAUCUAUCUAUCUAUCUAUCUAUCUAUCUCUUCCUAUAUAUAUAUUUAUUUAUGUAUGUGUAUUUAUAUGA